AUGUCCCUUCAGUGGUUCAGGUCUGCUGUGGUUACUCUUAUCAAACUGGUGCUGGUUUUUGGUCGGCAUAAUGUUGGAGCAGAUUUCAGCGAUAACUGUGACAACUCGCCUAAUUCCCUCUCAUGCAUCCACACGUAUGAAGAGCUUUAUAACAGCUUAGCGAAGUCAGAAAACAGUUUUAACAUUGAGUCAGCUAUAUAUCCAUCCAGGAGGCCUUCUUCUGUCCGUGUGUUUGUAAAUUUACAUGGUCCUAACGAGACAGAAAACCUCAUCGUGCCAUACACUUGGAGCCUUUCCUGUUUUUAUGUUGCUGUCCCACCACUACUACUGGACAUUUUGUCCCUCGGAUCCAUCCUUGUGACGCCUCGGACUCAAACACUGAAUAUAACUAUUCCAUAUUUCUGCUGCAAUGUGUCAAAGAAGGAGAAUGAAAGAAGGAUGAUCAUUAAAGAAAGGAUUAAAAGAGCUCUCGCAUCACUUCAAGAUCUUGCCGUAUCACCAGGGAUACGGGAUCCAAGGAUGAACACAGCGGAAUGUGUUAUCGAAGGCCACGGAAUAGACAUAGAGGCUACAGGACGCAGUGUGUACAUCAGAAUAAUCCAAUGGUGUUCAAUACUUUUCGCUUUGGCAGUUUACUUUAUAUUGGCUUCAUUUGCUGAACAUUGUAGAAUAGAAGGUUGGCCAGAGAAUACCGCAGAGAGGGAAAACACGAAUACAACCGGCCGAGACAAGCAAAAGAUCAGGAUAAAAAAUACUGCUAAGGCUAUCUACUAUCUAAUUAUUUUGUUGUCAUUUCUUGGUCAUUUUCAACAUAUGGUGAUCAUUGCAGUUCUUGCAGUGUUUUACCGGAAAGAAGGUCUCUUUUACGUUGAAAUUCUAUUUAUUUUAGUCCCUAUCUGGUUCACAAUGGUAAUCUAUUUAUUACGUGGCCCAAUAUCCAAUUUCCAUGAUUUCUUGGAGAAGCAUUUUCCAUGCCUGAAGCUACCUCGUGCCCUGCCAGUUUCGAUUGAUAGGGGAGAAGAGGACUAUCCCUCCAUGAGGACGAUUAAUUCUAUAUCGGUUGCCCUUACAUUUUCAGCCAUGGCUAGUUUCUGUUCCUAUUGGAUGCUAAUUGGCAUAAUGCUUAACCCAACUUGGGGCUUGACUGUUACGCUUAUAAUAUGCUUUAUUUUUGCCUCCUUCACUUAUGCUGUCUACGAAUAUCUUACUUUAAUUAGCUGUACACAAGAUGAAGUGAAACCCGAUAAACUGCAUGCUCUAUUGCCUGGUAUGUUGAGUUUUCUUGCUGUUCUUUUCCUAAUCCCGGCAUUACUAUUCGCCAGCCCGUGGUUUAAUGGAAGAGAAAAUGCGUAUGAAACAGUAACGACCAUACUUAUGACUGCUCUUGCUACCUUCAUUUGGUUGAUUUCUAAGAAGCUUCUGGGCAAGAAAAAAAAAUCAGAAGAGAAAGUCAUAGACUCAAGACAGACACUUACAGGUGUCUCUAUUAGUGACGCAAGGCAGCCUUCAUCCAGUGAGCUAUCAACCCAUAGCGCCUCAAGUCAGAAUUCAUAUUAUUCAUGUCAUUCCGAAUCUCAUCCACUAGUGAAUGAUCACGGUACUGCGGAAAGCCAGCCCUCAAAUGAUGAUUCAUUUAUAUCAUUGUCGCAAAAAAGCCAAGCAUGUGGCAAAAUGGUGCAAAAUAGUGAAAAUAUCGAAUUUAACGAGACACAAAGGAUAUAUAGAGAGAGCAACGUGUAG